CACCAUGGCCUUAUUGGCACCAUACACCAUUGCAAACGCGCAUCCUCUUCUGGUGCAGCCGGGUUUGCGAUGUAUCUGCUUCUUCUACUCGUGCAAGCUCUUGGAUCUUGCCUUUACGAAGGCAGAUCCGCCGCCGACAAGACUGAUACGCAAGGAUAAGGGAGGCGAACUCGAAGCGGCGUCAAUGGAGACAUGGAACGACGCUACCACGUACGUCUGGCUUAUGUUCGCGGAGAUGCGCUACCAUAGUUUCGAUACAGCCGUCGAGCAGAGAGGCCGCCCUGGCUUGGUCUCGUUAGCUGAGCGGAGAAGACAGCAAGCAUGGACAUUCGGCAUCCCAACGCUGCUGAUCAUCCUGGUCUGCUUGUUGCCAACGGCAGAGACCAAGAUCGCGAGUCUACUUGCUGCCAUCCAAUUGAUUUUCCAGCUUCUACACACCUUGUUGCACCCGAGCUGCCCACAUCCGCUGUUUUACAUGCCCUUUGCAGCAGCCUCGAUGAGUGACUUCUGGACGAUCCAUUGGCACGCCUCGGCGCCUUUUCUACGGACAUUGGCCUACAGUCCUACACGCAAGGUCACUGGCAGUCGAGCAGCCGGCAUGAUGGCUGCAUUCUGUCUAAGCGGGAUAUGGCACGCGUGGUGUGCUGCACCAUUGGCGAUCAAGCCAUGGUUGCUCGCGUUUAACGUAUGGGCGUACUUCAUGGGAUUCGGAAUUGUUAUACUGGCGGAAAGAUGGCUCUGGGGAACGCAGCAGGGCGGAAUGAUCCAGCGGCUAUGCGUCUGGGCUUAUGCGAUCGGUGUGGGCGGGUACAUGUGGCGGAUAUUGGAGUGUAAUUGCAAGCUUGACUGGGUUAGGACUACGCAUUGCACAUGACCUUUGUCAAGUAGCAGCAUAAGUCGCCAACGAGAUAUGUCAGCAUUUCAGGCCGGGCCGGACUUGUCUUUGCAACCUGAGUCUUGUUGAUGCUCACGUCGUUUGU